UCCGAACUGUCAACCUGUCUGCAUGAAGAAGUGUCCUGCACAUGGUUUCUGCUCAUCUCCCACUCCGACUGCCAACCAAUUUGUCCGGCGGGAUGCGGAAAAAACGAGUUUUGCGAUCAACCCGGAGUCUGUAGCUGCCAAAAUGGCUACAAUCGAGCUUCUAGCAGCGACAAUUGCCUUCCUGUUUGCCGAGAGGAAUGUGGACACCAUAGCUUUUGCUCAGAGCCCGGAAAAUGCGAAUGUGAACCCGGGUACGAGAAAAUGGAAGGCGGGACCGCCUGCCAUGCCGUUUGUUCGCCCAAGUGUGGGGAAAACGCUCGAUGCACCAGCCCAGAAACCUGUUCCUGCGAUCCUGGAUAUCGUUUCCAGAACAACUCCCAACACGUUUGCGAUCCGAUUUGCGACAGUGGCUGCAGCAACGGAGACUGCGUUGGCCCCAAUAUUUGUAUAUGCCACGACGGCUAUCAACCCAAUAACACAAAUCCUGUCACUUCCAUGUGUCAGCCCGUCGGCGAGUCCCAAACCAGAAUUGUUUAA